GGGGUUUGGAGAUUCACUAAACACAAAUUUGAAAUUUGAAAUAAAGGGUCUUUGUUGCGCAAGGAAGCAGGAAGAAGAAGAAGAAGGAAUGGAGAAGGUAUUGGAUCCAGAAACGGAGUUCCUAGCGUCGAAACAAGAGACAGGUCACGAGUGGGAACUCUUCAAGGAAAAUGUCAGACCUUUGAAGAGAGGCCGCAACGUUAAUCUCCUCAAUAACGCUCUUAAGUCUAGUACUGAUUAUCAACUCAAGAAAUCUCUUCUUGACAACCGAAGGGCAUUGAUCCAAGCAAUUGACCACUACAAAGGUGAAGAUCCUCUUCAGCCAUGGCUCCAGUGCAUCAAGUGGGUGCAAGAGGCUUUCCCUCCCGGUGGGGACAGUUCUGGACUUGUAGUUAUUUAUGAACAAUGUGUCCGCACCUUUUGGCAUGAUGACCGAUAUAAGGAUGACCUCCGUUACUUGAAAGUGUGGCUGGAAUAUGCUGAAAAUUGCAUGGAUGCUCAAGUCAUUUAUGGCUUUUUGGAGGCUAACAAAAUUGGGGUGACACAUUCUCCCUUCUACAUAGCCUAUGCUUUGCACAUGGAAUCUCAAAAUAAAAUUAAAACAGCAAAUGAGAUCUUCAAUCGGGGCCUAUCUAUGAAUGCAGAACCAGAAGAGAAAUUGAAAGUAUACUACAAGAAGUUUCUCAGCCGUUCAAUGGGACGCCCUAAAGCAGCAGAGGAGGAGCUAGCAGAACACCAGCAUCCCAUGAGAAGCUUUGGAACACUGUUGGCUAGGGGUGAAGCUCGAAACCAAACAACAGGAACUUCUGAAUUGUCCAGGAAGAAAAUGAAACAGGAUAGAGCUCACGGGAGCCUAUUUUCCAUUUACAAAGAUGCAAAUGCCGGAAUGUCAUCAACUCUUCAAUCAGAAAUACCAAAGCUAGAGAACACAUCAUGGCACUGUCUUGGUGCUCGAGCAGAUAGGAACAAGGAGAAUCAGGCAAUUCCUUCGAAGUGGACAUCCAAUAAGAUUCCUCAAAGGCACGGGCUUAGAAAUCGAGGAGCUACUACCACUACUCCAUGCCUAGAAAUAUUUGUAGAUGAGGAAUGUGCCAAAACACAGGAGAAGGACUCUGCUGGUGUAAAGGUUUCUAGUCUGCAGCUUAGACGAGGAGAUGACAGAGACAUUAAAAAGGAGACUGAGUUGCUCAGGGAGAAUCCACUGCGUCAUUUUCCACCAAGCUCAUUACCUAGAUGAUCGGACAGAAGAAAGUUAUCCUCGUGUGCUAGAAUUUCUCUAUCUCACAAGUUUCUCAACUUGUAUCUUAAAAAUGUAUGGAGACAACUCCUCUUUGCCCAGAGCAAGCGCGUUACAAAUGUUCUAGUAUAUUGAGGGGAGUGGAGUGGUUAAAGGAGACAUUGUAUCUUUGGUUUUGGCAGGCUUGAGCCAAAUCUUUCAGUACUGUUGACGAUUUAGAAGGAAUGAUUUUAUAUGAUUGCAAGAGUUAUGGAUGUAGUUGACAAUGUGCUUUAUCAUAAUUUUUCUCUUGGUUGAAGAGUUCUGCUUC